AUGGCCGAAGAGCAAGCACCGGAGUCGAGCAACAAUGUGGCAGCGUCAUUGGGCCACUAUGUGAUACCAAUAGUGAACAAGCUGCAGGAUAUCUUUGCGCAGCUCGGGAGCCAGUCCACGAUCGAACUGCCUCAGGUGGCGGUGGUUGGUAGCCAGAGCAGCGGCAAAUCUAGUGUCUUGGAGGCGCUCGUGGGACGUGAUUUCCUGCCGCGGGGAAAUGAUAUAUGCACGCGCCGCCCACUGGUGCUGCAGCUCGUGCAAAGGAAGAGGAAUGCUGAUGGGACUGAAGAUGAGUGGGGAGAGUUCUUGCACUUGCCGGGGGAGAAAUUCUUUGAUUUCAACGAAAUACGAAGGGAGAUUCAGGCUGAAACCGAGAGAGAAGCGGGAGGAAACAAAGGCGUGUCAGACAAGCAGAUUCGUCUAAAGAUUUUCUCACCAAAUGUUCUUGAUAUUACUCUUGUGGAUUUGCCAGGCUUAACAAAAGUUGCUGUUGGUGAUCAGCCAUCUGAUAUUGAAGCACGUAUUAGAACAAUGAUAAUGUCAUAUAUAAAACUUCAGACUUGCAUGAUACUGGCUGUUACGCCUGCAAAUUCUGAUUUAGCCAACUCGGAUGCUCUUCAGAUGGCAGGAAUUGCAGAUCCUGAUGGUUAUCGAACAAUCGGAGUAAUUACUAAGUUGGAUAUUAUGGACCGAGGAACUGAUGCCCGCAACUUUUUACUUGGAAAAGUGAUCCCUCUUCGACUGGGUUAUGUAGGUGUUGUGAAUCGUAGUCAAGAGGAUAUUAUGAUGAAUCGGAGCAUCAAGGAUGCAUUAAUAGCUGAGGAGAAGUUCUUUCGUAGUCGGCCAGUAUAUAGCGAUCUAGCUGAUCGCUGUGGAAUUUCUCAGUUGGCAAAGAAGUUGAACCAGAUUCUCGUGCAACAUAUCAAGACAGUUCUUCCAGGGUUAAAGUCGCGCAUUAGUGCCACACUGGUUACUGUUGCAAAGGAGCAUGCUAGCUAUGGGGAAAUUACUGAAUCUAAGGCUGGCCAGGGAGCACUACUACUUAAUAUUCUUUCAAAAUACUCCGAAGCAUACUCUUCAAUGAUAGAAGGGAAAAAUAAAGAGAUGUCAACAUCUGAGCUGUCUGGUGGAGCAAGAAUCCAUUACAUUUUCCAAAAUAUAUUCGUGAAGAGCUUGGAGGAGUUUGACCCUUGUGAGGAUUUAACUGAUGAUGACAUCCACACUGCCAUUCGAAAUGCAACUGGUCCUAGAUCUGCAUUGUUUGUGCCAGAAGUUCCAUUUGAAGUUCUUGUUAGAAGACAAAUAGCUCUCUUGUUGGACCCAAGUCUCCAGUGUGCUAGAUUCAUCUAUGAUGAGUUAGUGAAGAUGAGUCAUCGUUGUAUGGUCAAUGAAUUGCAACGGUUUCCAAUCCUAAGAAAGCGCAUGGAUGAGGUUAUAGGAAAUUUUUUAUGGGAAGGCCUUGAGCCAUCAGAGACAAUGAUAGGACACAUAAUUGAAAUGGAGAUGGAUUACAUUAACACUUCCCAUCCAAAUUUUAUUGGUGGGAGUAAAGCUCUAGAGAUAGCACGCCAACAGAUCAAGGCCCCCAGGGUUGCUGCACCCAUUUCCAGGCAAAAGGAUACAGGAGAUUCGGAGAUAGCGCCAAACCCAGAGAAAAAUCUCAAAUCUCGUGCUAUUGUUGGUAGGCAUGUUAAUGGAAUUGUUCCUGAGCAGGGUGUUCGACAUCCUGCAAAUGGCGAGAAAACUACACCAUCUGUUAGCAGUACUGGUGCCACCUGGGGAAUAUCAUCAAUUUUUGGCAUCUCUGAUCGUUCAUCUAUUAAAGAGAAUUCAACAAGCAAGCCAUAUAGUGAACCUGUUCAGAGCAUCAUUGAUCAUGGAGUUUCAUUGAUUCAUUUGAGAGAGCCCCCUAUUGUCUUGAGGCCCUCAGAAACACAUUCUGAUGAGGCGGCUAUUGAAAUCACCGCUACGAGACUGUUAUUGAAGUCAUAUUAUGACAUUGUGCGGAAAAACGUUGAAGAUUUUGUGCCGAAGGCAAUCAUGCAUUUUCUGGUGAACCAUACCAAAAAAGAGCUUCACAAUGUUUUCAUCAGAAAACUUUACAGAGACAACUUGUUUGAAGAGAUGUUGCAGGAACCUGAUGAGGUCUCAGUCAAGAGAAAACGUACCCGUGAGACACUUAGGGUUCUGCAACAAGCUUUCCGGACGUUGGAUGAACUACCACUUGACGCAGAGACAGUCGAGAGGGGCUACAAAUUAAGUACCGAUCCCACAGGCCUGCCAAAGAUCCAUGGGCUUCCAACCUCAUCUUUAUAUACCACCAGCAGUGGUUUGACUGAGUCCUAUCCUGCUUCGCCCAAGAACCCAAAGCCCCGCAAGUCAUCACAUUCAGGGGAGAUGCAUUCGCCAUUUUAUGGUAACGCAGAUGGUAAUGGCAGUGGGCGCAGUCCUUAUCCGACAGUUGACAUGUAG